UAACCGCAGUGUUUGUCCCAAAUGCAAAUAACAUUAUUUACAGUUUGCUCAGAAGUAAAGUCAUUUGAAGUUAAGCCAUUGCGGCAGCAACACAUUGAGAUCCAGAGCAGACAGCAUGACCAAGGAGCACUGGAUGCGAGAUCUACCUCCCGAUUUGAGGGAUUUAUCUAUUAUAAACUUGGCCAUUCCAGGUUCCCACAACUCAAUGACCUAUGGCAUUAAUAGCAACUCACAGCUAGCGCCAGAUGCGGAAAAAGCAAUUCGACGAUGGCACCGUUUCUUUCCAUGCUUCGUGCGUCGCUGGUCGAAAAAUCAAUCCUCGAGCGUUUUGGAGCAACUGCAUCUGGGCGUCAGAUACUUUGAUUUGCGCAUAGCUCACAACGAUGGCCAAUUCUACUAUUGUCACGGUCUUUAUGCGAUGGAGGUAUUUGAACCUUUGCGAGAAUUACGCCAAUUUCUGGAAACACAUCCAGAUGAGAUGGUUGUACUGGACUUACAGCAUUUCUAUGCCAUGGAUGUGUCGCUACACCAGCGGCUUAUUGCCGAGUUGAUACAGUUUUUUGACCAACUAUUAUACACCACCAUAGAUGGCUCUCUGCUCGACUGCUCCCUGACACGAUGUGUGCAGCUCCAGCGUCAAGUGGUACUUAUAUAUAGGCGUUGUCCCGUUGGCCUACCCGCGGAAUUUUGGCCUAGCUAUGCGUGGCCUACGCCUUGGCCGAACACAGCCAGCGUUAAAAAGCUGCUAUCGUUUUUACAGGACUCGCUAUUGUCGCGACAACCACAACAAGGAUAUGUCUCGCAGUGUCUAAUAACUCCCUCGGGUCGCUAUAUAGCAUUGCGUGUAUUCUUUACGCUGAAGCGAACAGCGAAGCGAGUGGAUAAAAAAAGUCAAUCCUGGAUAUUGGAACAAGUGCCUGGACCUUUUGCCAAUGGUCAACCUCCGCAUGCAAAUGUCUUCCUUGCGGACUUUGUGAAUCUCAAAGAUGGACAAUUCUGUGAUUGGGUUGUGCAGCUAAAUACCAAGCUGGAGACGGAUCAGAAUGACAUGGAACCGAAGCAGCCGCUGUAAUAAUGCACUCAAUAUCUUCCAGCCUUGUACAAAUCUUGCUAUAUUCAUAUUUAGUAAUAAUUUUUGCAGCUAUAUAUAUAUAUAAGUUUUAAUGAUACAGUGAAGAAUUUUUUCCAAUCUACUCUUUUGCCAUUUACAAAAACCAAUUGUUAAUUUUAUUUAUUGUUUAUGUUUUGUUUGCUGUCUAAAAUGUUAUAUUUUAUGUUUGCGUUUUGCUAGCUUUACUAUCUUACAUUUACUACGUACGAAAUACAUGGCAACGUGAUAAAUUUAAGUGCAAAAUGUUUGGAUCACCAAUGUCGAUCGAAGGGCAAAACAGUCUAAAACCAUUAGUGCUUAUUUACAUACUAUAUACUGAUAACGAAUGCAAUUGCAUUAAUCAUUGAUUUAACAGUAUUUGUGUAUGCAUAAUGAUAGUGUGGUUUUUAAUCCCCAGUUGUCCAUAUUAUAACAUCAUUACACAUUAU